AUGAGCUCGACUUCAGGCAGAUCCCGAAUACCUAUACGUGUCUCAAAUGGUCGCGCCUUUGUUUUUGAUGUGGACCAUGUCGCCACAUUACGUUCGAAACACCGUAUUUGCGGUGUACUGGGAGGCACGCUCCCGCAUCUAUCGCAACAGAAUGUGUUCCUCGGUUUACCCCUUCUAUUAAUGCCCGAGGAAGUCAACCUCCUAGUCGACAAAGGUCUCGCCGUCCUUGUCGAUGAUCCGCACGCAUAUCGCCUUCCUUCAGCACAAGAACUGCAGGACUGGGACGACAAGCGCGCCGCUGACGCUCUAGCGCAGCUACGCCGUGCUGCGGGCGCCCAAGCCGUUGGACGUGCUCAACUCGCAAAUAGCCCGGCAGCCGCAGCAAAACGCGCCGCGCGAGAGGAGAAGAGGCGCCUGGCGGCAGCAGCUGCUGCCGCUCAGAACGAGAACGGAGGGGUAUUCACGCCUGAGCCCGAACCCGCUCCCGCUUCUGCGCCAACUCCGGUACCAGCACCUCUGGAGGGUGACUCGAUCAACAUAGCGCUUGCAUCCAAGGAGCCGUGGACAGUCUCAGUAGCAGGCGGCUCGGAUGACCUGCCUUGGUACCACUCAGACCGAGCUUCGUACAGUUCGCUUGACGCUGCACGGGCAGCCGGCGUUUGGACACAUCCAGAGAAUGAGGUUGACCGUACUCGAUGUGCUGUCUUCCGUGACCUAUGGGAGAAGGGGUAUUAUAUGGGCGGAGGUAGUAAGUUUGGUGGUGACUGGCUGGUGUAUCCUGGCGAUCCUCUCCGCUACCACUCGCACUUUGUCGCAACUUCGCAUGCUGCGAAAGACCCACUCCGACCAAUGGAGAUUGUGGCGCAUGGUCGGCUGGGCACGGCGACGAAGAAGGCUCAUUUACUCUGUUCUUGGGAUGCAGAGAAGGGGGAGGUCAAGUACAUCAGUAUUGAAUGGGCUGGAUUCGGCUAG